AGUAAAAUAAAUUUGUUGAUAAUAAGGACAAUUUGAUCACAUUAAUCCAACGCAACUAUGUCCAAGUUCAUCCCCCCAAAUAUAUAUCUCUAAAUCAAGUCCCUACACAUAACAACAAAUCCUACCAAAAUUUCCAAGUCAUUUUCCACAUCACCUUCCAUUAAAUUUAUAAAACACACAACAAUCCAAAAAUUCCUCACUUAUUUAAUUCCCUAAAACCCCACCAACCUUCUCUUUCUCCCUCCCAAUAUUUUUUUCCCUUCCAAAAACUAACUCCAUAAAAUACCCAACUUUUUUUUUUUUUCCAAAACACCUCAAAGAGAAAAAAAGAAGAAAGAAGCCAAAGAGCAUCUCAACACAUCUCCAAAAUGGCAACAAUGGCUUCUCUUUUUCUCAAAACCCCGACCCCCUCUCCCUCUUUACCCAAAUCCCCACUCGUCCAUUUUCGGGCCGGGCCUGGACGGCUUACCACAGGCCCGGCCCGAAUCCGAUGCGGGCUGAUCGAGCCCGACGGCGGUAAGCUGGUUGACCUGGUAGUCGAGGCGCCACAAAGAGAUUUGAGGAAGAGACAAGCGACGUCUCUUCCACAGAUCAAGCUGUCGAAAAUUGACAUACAGUGGGUUCACGUGCUCAGCGAAGGCUGGGCGAGCCCAUUGAAAGGAUUCAUGAGAGAAUCCGAGUUCCUCCAAACUCUUCAUUUCAAUUCGCUCCGACUAGUUGAUGAUGGAUCAAUCGUCAACAUGUCGGUGCCGAUUGUGCUGGCUAUUGAUGAUUUGUGUAAGAAUAAUAUUGGUGAUUCCACCAGUGUUGCACUUGUUGAUGAUAAGGACAAACCUAUUGCCAUUCUCAACGAUAUUGAGAUCUACAAGCAUAAUAAAGAAGAACGGAUAGCCAGAACUUGGGGAACCACAGCCCCAGGCCUACCUUAUGCAGAGGAAGCAAUAACUCAUGCUGGAAACUGGCUAAUUGGUGGUGAUUUGGAAGUUAUAGAACCAAUCAAGUAUCAUGAUGGUCUUGACAGGUUCCGUCUUUCCCCUGCUGAACUUCGAGAUGAAUUUACGAGGCGCAAUGCAGAUGCAGUGUUUGCUUUUCAACUCAGAAAUCCAGUGCAUAAUGGCCACGCGUUAUUGAUGACUGACACACGUCGUCGACUUCUUGAAAUGGGAUACAAGAAUCCUGUUCUUUUGCUUCAUCCACUCGGAGGCCACACUAAGGCAGAUGAUGUUCCACUUCAGUGGCGAAUGAAGCAACAUGAGAUGGUACUUGAAGAUGGGGUUCUUGACCCAGAGACUACUGUGGUUUCUAUAUUCCCAUCUCCAAUGCACUAUGCCGGUCCAACAGAGGUCCAAUGGCAUGCAAAGGCACGCAUCAAUGCAGGUGCUAACUUUUAUAUUGUGGGCCGUGAUCCAGCUGGUAUGGGCCAUCCGUUGGAGAAGAGAGAUCUGUAUGAUGCAGAUCAUGGAAAGAAGGUACUCAGUAUGGCUCCUGGGCUGGAGCGGCUGAAUAUCUUGCCUUUCAAGGUGGCUGCAUAUGAUAAAACUCAGAACAAAAUGGCGUUCUUUGAUCCCUCUAGACCUCAAGAUUUUCUCUUCAUAUCAGGCACUAAGAUGCGAACACUUGCAAAGAACAAAGAGAGUCCUCCAGAUGGUUUUAUGUGCCCUGGUGGUUGGAAGGUCUUGGUGGACUACUAUGAUAGUUUGACUCCAGCUGAAAAUGGCAGAGUUCCCGAACCUGUCGUGGUAUGAAGUUACCAUCAUUAUCAAGGGUGUAUCACAGUGUGUUUGGGAGAAACCUUAUAAAUUUAUGUAGCUCCGGUUUGGUACACAUUCCUAUUGAAGGACAAAAUAAUAAUAGGGAGACGCUGGUAUUGUUGUGUGAGAAAAAGUGUCUCCAUCUUGUAAAUUAUUCGUGCCAAACAUGGCACACCUUAACUUUGUCGACUCAUCUGUGUGGAGUUUGUAUCAUAGGUUUGUUGUCAUGAAAUAUGAAUUUCAGGUUUUCUGGUGUUA